AGCCAGUGCGGGAAAGAGCAAUGUACGAAGUGGGAAGAAGCGAAAAGUGAUACAGAAAUUUGCCAUGGAUUUUGAUCAAACUCAAGUCAUAGCGUUGGAAGAAUUUGAAGAUGACACGGAUGAGAAUAUUUCUCAGUCCCAGAAAACUCCAGUGGCUCAUUUGAAAGUUGGUUGCCAGAAAGGGGUUCCUGAGAAGUUGUACCCUCUAUUUGAAGGAAACAAUAUUGUUGGUCGACAUGAGGAUUGCAAUGUCUACAUUCCAAGUAAGGCUUUGUCGAAGCAGCAUGCUUGUGUUGAGAUCCGUGGGGAUAGUCACUUGAUCUACGACAGUGGCAGCAGGAACAAGACACGACGUGGCAAGCUGUUUCUGACACCCAACGUCCGCUAUGAGCUAAAACAUAAUGAUGCUCUUGUGUUUGCUGAUGUCCAUGCUUCCUACCUCACCAGCAGUGAUCAGCAUAUGGCCUCCGUGAAGUCCUUCGUUCGGGAGUCGGUUGGAGGUCUCCGGCAGGAGUUCCUCACCCACUCCGGGCGGGGCGAGAGUCGAGGGCCCUGGGGGAAGGCGGCUUCCUCGGGCAGCUCGGCUGCUUUCGGCAAGGCGCCUUACUCCACCUUUGCCCUCGGCGGAAUCCCCUGCGACGCAGCGUGCGGACCUACGAGGGGUCUACGGAACAGCGAUGCAGCAGCGACCUCCUUCAAGGACUCUAAGGCCUUGUUGGAGCACCAGCGGGUGUCUGCCCCCGGCUCCGGUGCCACCUUCCUCCGCCGGGGUGCAGCCUACACCCGAGUCUGGCGGCUGGCCGGCCGCUUGGUGUCUCAUGUUGACGACUCUGGCUCUGACACUGGGUCAGAGUCAAUGCUGCAGACUGUCAUGGCAACCGGCAGUGCGGAUGUCAACCCAGUGUUGGACGAGACAGGAAAUGAUGACAUGAGUGACGCCAGCAGCGACAUCCUUCAGCCUACACAGCCUUCCAGUACUAUACCCUCCUGGACCAGCAGCCGAAUGCUGGAGCCCACACAGAGGUGUGUGACAGACAGUCCAGGCCAUGUUGCAGGUGAUCUGACAGUCGGGGAGACGCCGUUGCCAAAGAAUAAUCAGUCAGCCGACCUUUCAACCCUGGUGCUGCCAGAUUCCGAUGCAGAAGAUGACAGUGAUGGGUCUAAGAACUUCGUGAAAACAAACGCCAGAGUGUUGGAAAGGAAGUUUGGUGGCGUCGUGGCGAAGCGGCAAGAAGCGUGGCAGGUUAUUACAGCAACCAUCAACUCCGCUGGUCUGCAUCCCAGAUCUAAAGAAGAGGUAGAGAAAAAGUGGAAGAACAUAAAGAGUCAAUCAAAACGGAAGUAUUCUGAGUUCAGCAGAAUGACUAGAGGAACAGGAGGUGGACCAGCACCAACACCAAUCAGCCCAGUGACCGAUGCUGUCAUUGACACUUUAGGCCAGAACAAUGUGGCACUGACAGGUGUGCCUGGGUCAGUCGACUCAACAAUGCUGCAGGUACUUGACUUGGUACCAACCGAUGACAGUUUGUUUGUGGUCCUGCCAAUGGCCUUAGGAAAGGAGAAAGACACAUCAGGCAAUCAGGAUCUGUUGGGUGCGCCGACCCAGGCCUUCAUGUCACACACCGACACAGACGGAGAAGAGGAUGAGGAUCCUGCUGACAAGAAGGACCUGAUGUGUGCUGCCACCCAGGCGUGUGGGUUGUUGGACAGCGACACUGAGGAGGACCCCAAGGUCGACCUGUUUGCCCCGACACUGGCCGUGGUGCAGGACAGCGAGUCAGACUCAGACGGGUCGUGUAUCAUUGACCUGAAUGCUCCAACACAGGCAGUGCUUCAAAAUGAUGAGGAAUGGGAGAAGAAGAAGAGGAUGGAGAUCGAGACGUCAAGGUCGGUGUUGCUCAUUCUAGGACUCGCCAAUCACUUGCCAGUAUACAAGACGAUGGCUUAUGAAAUGGAUGUUGAAAAGGAGAGACUGAAGAAAGGAAGAAAGUCAGGGAAAACAAAAUCUUCAGGACAGGUGUGUGCUCCAACCCUUGCCUAUGACAUAGACAUAGGAGAAUCCAAAAAGCCUCCGAAGGCUCCUGGGAGUGGUGCCACUGUUGAAUAUGAUAUGGACACAGAUGGGGAACCCAAGAAGUCUUCGAGGAGAGGUCGUGGCAGUGACCCGACAGUUGCGUACGACUUGGAGGAGGAACUCAAAGAAACCAAGAAAGAUAACUCUGGCGGGUCUGGCUCAACUCAAAGCUUCGUAGUUCAGGACGAGAAGUCUGUUGAAACACAGGAUCCUGACGAUGCUGGAUUGGUUCCAACGCAGGUGUUUGAGGUGGAGGAGGAAGAGGACGAGGAGGAGGACGAAGAUGUGAGUCAUCUGUUAAUGACGUCGACGCUGGCGUGUGACAUGGAGGAGGAGGACCGGAUGUCUCCGAGGGAUCUGGGGUUGAAGGAGGUAGUACAGCCAGCUGGGGACGCGGAUGCUACUCAAGUGUUUGAAGAAGAGCAAGUAGCAGCACCCCAAACUGGAAGAAAGAAGAAAACGGACAAGAAUCAGAAUGAGGAUGCUACACAGGUGUUUGGAGAUGAUGCUACUGUAGCUAUUUGUGAACCUUCUGAACAGGAAAAGUCCAAUGAAAAAUGUAAUGAGGCUACUCAAGUGUUUGGUGAUGAUGCAACCCUAGCUAUUAAUGAACCAUCGCCUAAAAAGAAGAAGUCCAAGAAACAGCCAGAAAGUGAUGCUACGCAAGUGGUAAGCGAUGAGACUCAAGUGUUUGGUGAUGAUGCAACUCUAGCUGUUACAGAACCAUCACCUAAACAGAAAAAGUCCAAGAAACUACCAGAUAAUGAUGAGACACAAGUGUUGAAUGAAGAUGCAACUCAAGUGUUUGACGAGGAUGCAGUCCGUGGAGGGAGUAAGCUUACUUCCAGGUCACCCAGAGGGAGGAAAUCCAAACAAGCAAAGGCAGAUGAUGCUACACUGAUGGUGUCUGACAACGAUGCAGUGGUGACCUGUGAGGAUGCCACACAGGUGUUUGAAGAGGCCACUGUUGCAGUGUCAGAAGUUGAGGACAAGUCAGGGGAAGGUGCUACGCAGGUGUUUGACGAAGCCACUGUGGCAGUGUCGGAAGUUGAGGACAAGUCAGGGGAAGAUGCUACACAGGUGUUUGGUAUUGAAGAUGCAACUCUGUUGGUAUCGGAUGCUACCAACAGGGACGCAGAUACAGAUGCAACUCAGGUCUUUGAUUGUGCUACUUUGAUGGUGGAGGAGAAGCAGGAUCUUGACGAACCCACAGACGACAGUACGCAGGUGUUUGGAGAUGCUACAGUUGCCAUAGAGGAAGAGGAAAUGCCUUCACGGAAAAGAGGUCGUGGGAAGAAAUCUGGACAUGACAAUAUAAAGAUGACAGAAACUGAGGCUACAGUUGCCAUAGAGAAAGAGGCAGAGAUGCCUGCAAGGAAGAGAGGUCGUGGGAAGAAAUCUGGACAUGACAAUAUAAAGAUGACAGAAACUGAGGCUACAGUUGCCAUAGAGGAAGAGGCAGAGAUGCCUGCAAGGAAGAGAGGUCGUGGGAAGAAGGCCCAGUCUUCUAUUGAUCAGGAUGCUCCAACUGUUCCUGUUGAUGUGGAUGAUGCCACUAUGGCUGUGAUGGAACCUGAACCUGCAAGACGAGGUAGAGGAAGAGGUAGAGGAAGGGGCAGGGGGAAGAAGACUACUGUAGAAGCCAUUGAGAAAGAGUCACACAGUGUGAGAGGAGGGGUGAAGAGAGGACGAAGAAGCAAGGAUGCUGGAGAUGCUACUAUGCCUGUAGACGAUGUUGGUGAGGGUGCCACUCUCCCAGCUGCUGAUGUGGAAGAUGCUACCAUGGCUGUAGACGAUGUUGGUCAGGACGCAACUCUCCCAGCUGCCGAUGUUGACGGUGCUACUGUGCCUGUAGAGAGUGGUCAGGACGCAACCGUCCCUGUUGAUGAUGUUGAUACAACUGCAGCACCCAUCCCUGGUGGUACAGCGGGUGAUGACUCUGACUCUGAAGAUUCGACUUUGCCAGUGGAGGAAGUGAUCAACAUGGCUGAGGUGGAAGACCGAGGGACCAGGACAUCUGUAAGACGCAAAAACACUGAGAAACCAUCCCCUGCAGCCAGUCCCAGGAGUAGAGGAAGGCAAUCUACAAGGACCACAAGCUCUGGAGAAGGCACGGAUGUUUCCGAUCUUGAACCUACCCAGCUGUAUGGUGCUGAUGGACCAGAAGCCACACAGCAGUAUGGACUUGAUUCCACAGAGGAGAUGGUCCCAGACAGCCACUCCCAUGAGAAGGUGCCUUCUCCCAUGAUCCCCUUGCCUAAGCGCUCCCCUCACAAGUCAGCCCUGGCCAGUCCAAGGAGAAGUCCCUCACCCUCCCCAAAACGAGUUGCGUUUGCUGCUGGGGUUGCUGACAAUGAGCACAAGACCAAGAAGGUGACUGGUCUGGCUCGAGGCCGUGGGAGAGGAAGGAGAAGUCUGGAUGUUGCGUUGGCUGAUGUUGCUGUGGCAGGUGGUGAUGGUGGUCGGAGGAGGAGUACCCCUGGCAGAGUAGCGGUCGUGGAGAGAUUGGAGACCGGACUCGGACGAGGAAGAGGGAGGAGAAGAGGUGCUAGAGAACAGGUCGCAGUGAAGGAGGAACCAGCUGCAGAAGAUGGUGCAGAAGUGGACACGAAAGAGCAGACCGUGCUGGGAGAGGAAGAGGAAAGGAGGCUGUGGUGCUGGAGGAGAAGAAAGAGGAGACGACGAAGAGAGGGAGGAAGGAGGUUGUGGAGAGGUAGAGGAAGGAUAGAGGAUGAGGUGGAGAAAAAGGAAGAUCACACUCUGAAGAGAGGAAGGAAGGAAGUUGUGUUGGAGGACAAGAAAGAGGAGACUACUAAGAGAGGAAGAAAAGAAGUUGUGGAAAAGAAGGAAGAGGAAACUACGAAGAGACUAAGGAAGGAGGUUGUGGUGGAAGCAAAAGAAGAGACACCAUUAGCUGGACGCAGUCGAAGGAGCAUCGAGGUGUCCGUUGUUCCUGGCAAGACAGCUGGUGGCAGGAAGAACAAGGGGAAGACCAGCCACACAGCUGCAGAGGCAGGAAAAACAACUGAUAGUGUAAAAGAAGAACAGGAAAGUGUUGAGGUCGAGGAGAAAUCCUCUGAAGAUAUAAGUAAAAAGGGUAGCAAGGGAAGAGGGAGGAAGACGUCUCAAGAAGUGAAGGAGGAUCCUGUUAAAGAGGAGACAAAUGAAUCUGAUGUGACGACAAGCACGAGAAGAGGAAGGACGAGGAUGACACUAGAACCUCCACCACCUGGUCCUGCUGAGUUGAAAAGAAAUACCUCUGGGCGGAAGAGUCUACCUGCAGCUCUUGUCAGCCAAGUUGAACCGAACUCCACAAGAAGGGGUCGAUCUACUGAGAAAUGUGAAACUGAGAGUCGCAUGGUUCGGGCUGGAUCAGAAGACAGCAUUAAGUCAUCGCUUGAGAGUUCUGUUGAUGAAUCUAAGUCGACUAAAAGAGCUGGUCGUGGGAAAAAACAAACAGAAGAGUUGGAGUCUACAUCUAAAAGUGUUUCUCAAACAAAACAUGCAGCAGUUAAUGAAUCACAGGAUCUGAAUAUUUCAGGUGGUUUGAUAGAACUGGAAGAAAGUCCAACCAAAUCUGAUGACACUGAACAAGAAACAAGAACAUCUGUUAGAAAAAGAGCUUCAGAAGAAAGUGUAGACCUUCCUGUUGCCAAGAGAGGCAGGAGAGGGGCUAAAGGCAGCAUAGAACCUCCCGACAGUGAUGUCCCAGAACUGCUUCCUUCCAGAAGGAAAAGAGGAAAAGAUUCUUCUAGUGCAGAAGAAGCACCUGGUUCUAAGGAAGAAGACAGUGCUAAAGGAACAGUUGAGAAAGUUGAAACUGAAGUGUCUAGUGCUAAGAAAGGUAGGAAGGGUGUGACCAGGAGAACAUUGUCGGCUGGUAGAGGCAAGAAUUCAGUGGAAGAUCCAACAGACAGCAGUCAGGGUACACCCAGCUCUGUUGAGAGUACAGAUGGUGAAGCAUCACGAACAAGUCGACGUUCCAAGGCUCCUGCUAAUGCUCAGGCUCCUGAGAGUGAUGUGAAGAGGAAGAAAGGACGCAAAGUCGAUGCCAGUCAGGAACAAGAGGCAGCUCCAACCCCAGCCAAGAAGUCACGGUCAUCCGAUUCCUCCCCACCACAGGGUAAGCAGAAGCAGGUGAUGGAAGAGAUGUCGUCACCAUCGCUGCGUCGCAAGUCCACAGAGCCAAAACCUCAAGUCCUUUUUACUGGCGUGGUUGAUGAACAGGGUCAAAAGAUUGUGAAGGAAUCUGGAGGAACCUACAGCCAAAUGUUUCAGAUUGUGCGUCGGACGGUGAAGUUCCUGGGUGGUGUUGCUCGUGGAGUGCCCAUCGUCACCCCUCACUGGCUCAACAGCAGCAAGAGUGCCGGAACAUUCCUGGAUUGCUCCAAGUUCCUGGUGUCGGACACAGCGACAGAGAAGCAGUACAAGUUCUCUCUGAGGAAGUCCUUGGCUAAAGCCGCAGAGGAAAACUUGCUCCAGGGAUACAAAAUACACGUCACAAAAUCCGUCAGGCCAGAGCCCCCACAGAUGAAAGAUGUCCUCACGUGUGCUGGUGCUGAGUAUUUGUCCACCAUGCCAAAAAAAGUAGAAGCCAACCUGUUGGUGAUGUCAUGCGAGGAGGAUAAGUCUCAGUGCCAGGCUGCCAUCAAGGCCGGGAUUCCCAUCGUGUCCGCCGAGUUCGUCCUCACCGGCAUCCUGAGACAGGAAGUGGAUGUAGACAGUUUCAGGUUAUUCUCCAGCGAGGUAGGAGAUGGACGAGGGUCAAGGUCAGAUGUCGGAGGUGGACGGGGUGGGGCAAGGUCCAAGUCGAAGAAGUGAAAGACUCUCAAUCUCAAAUCAAAGGUCCAGCUGUGAUCCAUAUAUUUUAUCUGGCCAACUUGUUUUACGACCUGUGCAUUUUGUACAUAAGUAUGUAUGUGAGUUGGUUACAGAGCUGUUUGUUAUCUACCUGAAUGGAACGAAUUUCAAUGAUAUUGUUGCUAUAUGUUGAAACCUUCCUCACAUUUUAUAUCUAGGUCUUGUACUUGAUUUUUAAUUCCCAUUUUUAAACAUAUGACUUUAUUCAUUGACUUUCAUGAAAUAAUAUUAGUGAUAAUGGUUGCCUUGGUGCCAGCAGCUCCAUGAGGCUGUUUUUUACCCCAUGUAGUUCCGGAGAUGGAAUUGGUCUCCGGUCAGCUAUAGGUGCUGAGCAAGUAGAUGGUUAGGCUCAGUGAUGGGGUUGAUUGUUUGUCAAUACACCCCAAAGUUGUGGAUUGUUUCUCACACUAUUAAUCACUGGAUUGUCUGGUCCAGACUAAAUUAUUUACAGGACGGAAACAAAUCUUAUGUUCUACUAUUCAUUCUUCAACAUGUAGGAAUACUGAUGAGCUUGUAGGAAUUCAUCAAGAUUUUACAGUCCACCGCCGUAUAGCUGGAACAUUGCUGAGUGCGGUGUUAAACAACAAACAAACAAACAAACAAACAAAAAAUGAAUCAAGAUGGAAAUUUGGUGAAUGUGGGUUCAGUUCUGUUACAUCAAUAUUUGAGUCAUCUCAUAAAAUUGUCCGCAGUAAACCUUUUGAACUGCAGCAAAAAUCUGGUUUGGUAUGGAACAUAUACUGCUUAAAAGAAAUUAAGGAACAACCAAUUCUUUUUAUUACUUACAUAUUACUCAUAUUAGUAUAACUACUCA